AUGUUUCUUACGACUUUUUGAGCGCAUGAUCGCAUGUGAGUGGGAACAAUUUGAUAAAAUCGUCGAAUUGUGUUUGAGAAAUGUGAAUGAACAGUGCAUAAUUAUAAACUACUGAUAAAAAUGUAUCGAAAAAUAGUGUGGUGUUAUGUUUUAGUUUUGACUUUAUUGGAUAUAUCACUCAACACGAAAUUGACAGCCCAGGGAAAGAGCCAUGAUGUGACAGUUCAAGACUCCUUCAUCGAGGGGAUAUCAUUUCAGGAAUGGGGCAAGGAAUCCUUGGAUCAGGGCUUAGGCACGGGCGCGGCGGCGGAGGCGCUGCGGCUGGAGCCGGCCUCGCUGCGCUUCGGGCGCGCGGCGCUGGGCGCGGCGCACGCGCUCACCGUCGCGCUCACCAACACCGCCAACAGCACCGUGCACCUCGCCUCCGUCGCCGGCACCACGCCCGACUUCCACGCUUCGUUCUUCGAGUCCAAGACGCUGCCGCCCAACGGCAACACGACGUUCAGCGUGGUGUACCUGGGCCGGCGCGAGGGGCCCGUGGCGGCGCACCUCUACAUACACACCUCGCUCGGGGUCUACAAGUACCCGGUGUCGGCGGAGGGCGUGGCCAGCGCGUGGGGCGUGUGGCCGCUGGUGGGGCUGCGCGUGCCGCACAACGCCACGCUCGACCCCGUGCUCACACUCUACAACCCCACCGACAAGCCCGUGCAGGUGCGCGAGGUGUACUCGUCGGGCUCGUGGGUGGGGCUGCGGCUGCCGGGCGGCGGCGGCGCGGCGCCGCGGGAGGCGUGGCGCGUGCCGCCGCAGCAGGAGCGCGCGCUCGUGCGCCUCAAGCUGCGCCUGCCGCCGCCCGCCGUCCCGCACGCCGCGCACACAACGCAGCCGCGCCCGCUCACCGCGUACAUCAGAAUAAAGGGCGACAACGUGGGCGGCGGCGGCGGGCUGGUGGUGGCGGUGGAGGCGGCGGCGGCGCCGGCCGGCACCUUCCUGCUGCCGGCCGUGCUCAGCCUGCGCGCCUCGGGCUCGCGCGACCCGCCGCACACGUUCGACAUACUAGCAGGCAACAGUGGCAGCACGCCGGAACGUGUGGAAGCGUCACUGUGGGGAGCCCGCUGCGCGCCGCGCCCCGUGCCGCUCGUGCCGCCGCCCGACGCGCCGCCGCAGCACCACAACGGCCAGCAACUCGAGAAGACCACUACUAAUGGUGUGAAACCAGAGGGCGCAUACUUAAGCUUACUGAGGUCACAACUCGACCCGCAUCAGGAGGCGACGGAGACUUUGCAACUUACUUUAGAUUUCGCUCGACUAUGGGCGUCAUACACGAGCGGGGGAGCGGGGGCGGGCGCCGCGCCGCCGGAGCAGGGCGCGUGGUGCGGAGGCUACGUGCGGCUGGGCGCCUCCAGCCUACCCUACAGUUUGCGCCUGCUGCCCGGCACACUGCACCUCACGCCCGCCGAGCUCGAGGUUGUGACAGCGUCGCGGGAUGAAGCGCUACGUGAGCGAGAGGUGCGCGUGCGCAACGAGUUCCCCGUGCCCGUGUUAAUCAGUGCCAUCGACUACGGACCGGAAAUCGAGAAACACUUUCACGUGGGGGCGCUGACGCCGCUCGUGUUGCAGCCGGGCGCGGAGGCGGUGGCGGCGCGCGUGCGGCUGCGCGCCGUGACGGGCACGUCGCUGCGCGCGUCGCUCACGCUGCGCACCAACCUCACGCGCCUCUCGCUGCCCGUGUUACUGCACGCCGGCGCGCUGCACCUGGAAUGGGAGUGGCCGAACUCAUCGGACGGCCACCUGCGGAUGGGCGCGGUGAGCGUGUCGUCGACGCGGCGCGUGUCGCUGCGCAUCCACAACCCCGCACCCGCCACGCUGUGCCUGCGCUCCCACGCGCUGCGCCUGCCCGCCGCGCAGCUCGCGCUGCCCGCCUGCCGCUGCAUCAAGCCGGGCGAGCGCGCGCAGGCGUGGCUGACGGUGGUGGCGCCGGCGCGCGCGGGCGCGCUGACGGGCAGCGUGCACGUGAGCACGGCGCACUUCGAGUCGCGCGCGCCCGUGUCGCUGCACGCGCACCAGGGCCGCCUGCGCGCGCACGCGCUGCGCCUCGCGCCCGCCGCGCCCUACGUGUGGUCCACGGCGCCGCUGGUGUUGGAGAGUUCGAUGGCGAUGAACAUGCGCGUGGUCGACGUCACGCAGCUGCAGCCCGAUCCCGCCGUGUCUUUUAUGCCCGAAGGGCAGGGCUGGGUGACGGCGGGCACGCAGGCGGUGGGCGCGGUGGAGUACGCGCCCGAGCGAGCCUGCCGCCCGCGCUGCUACACCGGCCUCGACACCGAUUCGCCUGAGGGUGCAGCAUGGUUACGGCGAGCGCAGGAAGGAGCUGGCGCGCUGCGUGAAGACGUGGAGUUGUUGCGCGCGCGUCGCGCCAUGUUCACGCCGCGCGUCCAAAACGUCUCGCUGCUUUUACAUACUACAGAGGUGGUGCAAAUCCCGGUAUCGGGGUCAGUACGCGCGGAGUGGCCGCGCCUGCUGGCGGGGGCGGGCGUGGGCGCGGGCGGGCUGCUGGCGGGCGUGGGCGGCGCGGCGGCGGCGCGCCUGCGCCUGCGCAACCCGUCCACGCGCGCGCUGCUGCUGCACGCCGCGCUCACGCCGCACCACCUGCACCGCCCGCACCCGCACCACCCCCACCCCCACCCGCACACGGCCCACCACGACCCGGACCAUUUGUUACACCCUAAGGACGUGGAGGGCCUGGAAUCGUUCUGCAAGAAGCACAAGUGCGUGUGGUCGGCGGAGGCGUUCUCGAUCGGCUCGUGGCAGGCGCGCGCGGGCGCGGCGGGCGUGGCGGAGCACGCGGCCGGCAACGCGACCCGCGCGCCCGUGCUGCUGCUGGCGCCCGGCGCCGAGCUCGACCUCACGCUCGGCUUCGCGCCCACGCGCGCCGCGCCGCUCGCCGCCUACUUGUACCUGAGAAAUAAUUUGACAAUUGUGGAGAUCAUUCCUGUGUGGGGCCGCGGCGCCUACCCCAGCCUCGAGCUCGGCGGCCGCCGGCCCGGCUCCGGCGCGCCGAUAGUAUUUGAGGUGACGGAGUGCGCGUCGCCGACGGACGUGGAGGCGGGCGUGGUGCGGCGCGCGCUGUCGCUGCACAACACGGGUGACGUGCCGCUGCAGCUGCGCGACUGGCGCCUCGCCGGACAGCCCUGCCAGGCGCGCGGCUUCCGGCUGCAGCCGUGCGCGGCCAUCUCGCUGGCGCCCAACGAGUCGCGGCCGCUGCGCCUCGCCUUCACCGCCGACUACACGCUGGCGCGCGUCACGGCCGCGCUGCACGUGCGCGCCGACGCCGCGCGCCUCGAGUUCGCGCUGCACGCGCACGCGCCCGCCGCCCUGCUGCGCGCCUGCGGCCCGCACGCGCCGCGCCCGCCCUUCGAGCCCGGCCUGCGCGCCGCCGGCGCCGAGCGCCGCGCCUUCGAGUGCUGGCGCGCCGAGGUGCUGCGCCGCGCGCCCGCCGACGACGACCGCUCCAGCGAGGACGCCGACGCCGCCGCCGCCAUGCCGCCGCCCGAGCCGGAGCAGCGGGACAGAUCAGCGUCUCCCCCGACGCCCACGGACCGGCGCUCGAGCGACGAGGAGGAGGGCCCGUCGGCGGAGUCGUCGGUGGGCUCGUCGCUGGCGUCGGACUCGUCGCGCGCCGACGAGCCCGGCCGCGACGACAGCGACGAGCCCGACCGGCCCGCCACGCCGCGCCGCCCGCCGCGCCCGCGCCGCCAGCCCAUCGACCCAGAGAACAGAGCGGAGGACGCACGGCUAGCGACCCGGGCGCGGCGGGAGGCCAGCUCGCCGCCGCGGCUGCUGGCGCUGGUUCAAUUAAAAAAAUCUAUGAUGUCGCGUUGCGUCGAUGUUGGGAGAAUGGAAAAUGUUAAUACGAAACGCUCGAACGCAUCUUUGCACAUCGCGAUAGCAAUAUACGGACCAGACUUUACAUAUCUCGCAAUUUAUUUUAAAUUAAAAUUAUUUUCAAUUUUUAAUUCAAUUCUUUAUUGCUAUUUCUCGUCUAUUUCGGCCGUUUCGGAUGUUGAACUAGUUGAACAAAAAUCGAUAACCGCGUCGCCCGAUGCAGGAGCGGCGCCGCUGCCGCCCAUCGGGUCGGACGUGCGGCGGCGCGCGGAGGCGGAGCGCGAGCGCGCGGCGGACCAGUCGCUGUUCUACUUCAACGGCGACGCGCCGCCCGCGCCCGCCUGGCGCGCGCCCUCCGCACCCGCGCCGUCGCCCGCGCCGCGCGACCGCCCCGCCUACUCGCCCGUGCAGCCCGACUACCGCAACGACUUCGACGACAACUCCGGCAUGAACGCAUACGGAUCCCUGUGGACGGGCCCGGGCUCGAGCGCGUGGGCGUGGGGCGGCGGCUUCGCGGGCGUGCGGCCCCCGCCCGGGUUCGCGGCGCCGCCGCCCGCGCCGCGCGCCUACGACCCGUUCCGCUCGCUGGCCGCCAUCUGGGCGCCGGGCGCGCUGGACUGGCGCGCCGACCCCGAGCCGGCCGCCGCCGCGCCCGCGCCGCCCGACCCCGCCGCCGCCGCCGCCGACGCGCACGCAUCUAGUCUCGACGCCCCGCCGUCUCGCUCGGUCGUCCCUAAGACUGAAUAAACUUACGUUUCUGAGCA